AUGGGGUACUCCCUCCGUAGCAUCUGGGAGCACGAAUUCGAUCAACAGGUACAAAGAGAGGUAACUCUACAGAAUUAUGUACGAGACCUGGACAUUCCAGAUCCUUUGAACCCCCGAGACGCCCUGUACGGAGGUCGGACGAAUGCCACUAAAUUAUAUUGUGAGGAGGGGGACAUGAGAUACGUGGACGUCUGUUCCUUAUACCCUUACGUAUUAAAACACAGACCUUUUCCCCUAGGCCAUCCUCAGAUCAUAACAGACCAAUUCCAGGACGUGAGAACUUAUUUCGGCCUCAUUCACUGUCGGGUCUUACCACCCCGAGGCCUCUAUCACCCCGUUUUACCUUAUCGCACGGGAGGCAAGUUAUUAUUUCCCUUAUGUCGAACGUGUGCGGAACGACAGGACUCUACCUCUAAACAUCGAUGUCAACACGCAGACCAGGAACGCAGUCUUACGGGUACCUGGGUGACUACAGAAUUACAUAAAGCCCUGGACAUGGGAUAUACCCUAGAGCGGAUUUACGAAGUUUGGCAUUUUUCACAAAGCAGUCGAGAUUUAUUCAGAUCUUACAUCGAUACCUUCUUAAAGAUCAAACAGGAAGCUUCUGGAUUCCCACCUGAUUGUCAGACGGAGGAACAGAAACUAGAUUACAUUCGUAAAGUCUUAGACAGAGAAGGGAUCAGGAUGGACCUGUUAAGUAUAGAAAAAAAUCCGGUGCUAAGAACCAUAGCCAAACUCUUUUUAAAUUGCUUGUGGGGAAAAUUCGCUCAACGCCUGUUAUUACCUAAAACUCGAUACUUGACCGAAGAAGAGGAAUUACAACAACUCUUACAAGAUUCGACCAUUGACAUCAAAGGGAUAGAACUCCUAGAAAAUAAAGAGCAGGCCGAAUCGGACAUGAUGCUGGUUAAUUAUCAAGAGAAACAGGAAUUCGUGGAAGAGUGUCCCUUCGGAAACGUGGUACUGGCCUGUUUCACUACCGCCCAUGCCCGAUUACACCUCUACGAGACUUUACAACCUUUGGGAGAUCGGGUCCUUUAUUUCGACACGGACAGUAUCAUAUACCAACAUGAGGAGGGACAAUUUAAUCCUACCCUUGGCAACAGUUUAGGAGAAUGGACAGACGAAUUAGACGGGGACCACAUUAUCAAAUUCAUGUCAGGAGGCCCCAAAAAUUAUGCUUACCUCACCGCCAAGGGAAAAUCCAUGUGUAAAGUCAAAGGAUUGACUCUCAAUUAUCGGGCCUCUCAGAUCGUGUCACCAGAGACUUUAGAAAAAAUGCUCCAGAAAGAAAUUGACGAAAUCCAAGUCUCGUAUCCCUACAAAAUACAGAGGACUCGUCAACAUGAAGUCAAGACAAUACCUUUAAAAAAACAAUAUAGAAUUGUCUAUGAUAAGAGACAAUUGAUGGAAGAUUAUAACACUUUACCUUAUGGUUAUUAA